AUGUCCAAGAUUCUUGACAUCCCCUUACACGUCUCCUACAUCCAGAACCUGGACAAGAAGAAAGACUUUGGCUACCACCUGACCGAACAUCUCCGGCUGAAUGGAGUCUACUGGGGUCUCACCGCGCUGUUCAUCAUGAGCCGGGAAGAUGCGCUAGAUCGGGCGGAGAUGAUUCACUAUGUCAAGAGAUGCUGGGAUGAGGAAGCGGCAGGCACAUUCGGUGCUCAUCCAGGCCAUGAUGGCCAUAUCCUCGCUACCCUCUCUGCCAUCCAGAUCAUGGCGAUGCAAGAUGCGCUAGACGAGGUGGAUACCGACCGCGUCGUUCAGUUCCUACUAUCUCUCAUCCGCCCAGACGGGGCCGUAGCCGGCGACUCAUUCGGCGAGACCGAUACCCGAUUCUCCUAUAUCCUCAUUCAGUGCCUCACCCUCCUCGGUCGGAUGGACGUACUCGAUCGGGACAUCCACAGACUUGCCCGCGAAGCGAUCUUGGAGAAUAUACGGGGGAGUAUGAACUUUGAUGGUGGGUUCGGGACGGAGCCCGGGGCGGAGAGUCACGGUGGACAGGUCUGGGUAUGCGUCGCCGCGCUGGCUCUGCUAGACAGGCUUGACGUGGUAGAUCGGGACCUCCUCGGCGCUUGGUUAUCCGAGCGGCAAUUGCCCAACGGCGGUCUGAAUGGUCGACCGGAGAAGCUGGAGGAUGUCUGUUAUUCAUGGUGGGACGUCGCGGCGCUUAGUAUCCUCGGAAGACUGCAUUGGAUCAAUAGGGAUAAGCUUAUCGCAUUCAUCAUUGGCGCUCAGGACCUGGAAGGAGGCGGAAUAGCAGACCGACCAGGCGACUGGGUCGAUGUCUUCCACACCGUCUUUGGUCUGGCUGGAUUAUCGCUGGUCGGGUAUCCCGGGCUGGAGGAUAUUGAUCCGUUGUAUUGUAUGCCGGCCAAGGUCAUACGACGGAUGGGAAUAGAGAAGGGAUAUACCGCACUGUCGAGGAUGUCAAGUACAUAG